UAGCUACAAAUACAAGCAAGUGAACAUCAUGCCUAAGGGAAUAGGAACAGUUAGAAGAGACGCACCAAAAUCACUGACGUGUAUUUAGUUUCCUCAUCUUUCGUGCCGACUACGGUGUCGUUGGGUUUCAUCUGACCUGAAGAUAUAUCAUUUGCAUUGGCGCUGUUUGGUGUGUUUCUAUAUUUUAUUGUUGUUGUCUGUGUUUUUUUUUUUGGGAUCGUCGCCCAGAGGUUUCUGUAGCCGUUGAUUCUUCUGGGAAGUCGUUUUGUCCAGUUCGGGUAGUGACAUUCUGUAUCGGAUUCAAUGUGUGUCGUUACGUUGAUCCCCCUUUUUUUUUUUUUUUUUUUUUGCGAAGUUUGGAUGCAUAUUUUUGAACGGAGGUUGUGAUAAUUUGUGAAUGUAUUAGAUGUUUCUAAACUCACUGCAAGCACUUUCCCGUUUUAUUUGUACCGCCAUCGUUGUGUUGAAAACCCCUCUGUACGUCGCAUCAUGGGAAACGUCAGUAGGAAGACUGGAGCCCAGGUCAGUUGGAGCCACCAAGCGUUCGCUGUCAGGUGCAGUUCUCAGGUGAUUUGGACGAAGGUGCGCCGUGCCAUGGCGUCAGUGUGUGUGGCUGUCCGUGUUCGACCCUUGAACAAAAGAGAAAAGGAAAUGUCAGCGAAGGUGAUUAUCCACAUGAAGGGGAAGACCAUUUCUGUAGACGGAAACAACAAGGACAUACACAAAGGUAUUCCUGGCAUUGGCCUGACGGACCGAGGAAGACAUUCAUUCUCCUAUGAUUUCUCCUACGACUCUACUGAUGUCGGAAGCCCCAAUUUUGUGCCUCAGGAGAAGGUGUUUAAAGACUUGGGCUGUGAUGUCCUGAAGGCAGCGUUUGAAGGUUACAACGCCUGUGUUUUCGCCUAUGGACAAACCGGGUCAGGGAAGUCUUAUACCAUGAUAGGAAACUCAGGAGAUCUAGGUCUGAUUCCACGGAUCUGUGAUGGACUGUUCUGUCACAUAUCAGAGAUGGACCAGGUGGAUGGGGCCUCCUUCCGCAUAGAGGUCAGCUACCUGGAGAUUGAUAAUGAGCGUGUACAGGACCUCCUCACGACUAAGACGGACCCAGGGAGCGGGUCAGGACUCCACCUCAGAGAACACCCCAAGGAUGGGCCCUAUGUGGAGAACCUGUCGACGCGCCUGGUUCAGAACUACACUGAUAUUGAGGAGCUAAUGCAUGCUGCGAAUGCCAAACUCAUCACGGCGAACACAGGCUUGAAUGACGUUAGCAGCCGCUCUCACUCAAUCUUCACCGUCAUCAUCACACAGGUUCGUUUUAACGCAGUGCUGCCAUGUGAGACGGUGAGUAAGAUCCACCUGGUAGACUUGGCAGGCAGUGAGAGGACUGGUGCCAGACUGAAGGAAGGUGCCAACAUCAACAAGUCCCUGGUCACUCUGGGUAGUGUCAUCUCUGCUCUGGCUGAUACAUGUGUGACUGGAGAAGGGAGCUCCCACACAGGGAAGAUGAAGAAGCAGCUGUUUAUCCCCUACAGAGACUCUCUUCUUACCUGGCUCCUGAUGAAUAGCCUGGGGGGAAACUCCAAGACAAUCAUGAUAGCAACCAUUUCUCCUGCUGACGUGCACUACGGUGAGACACUGAGCACUUUGCGCUAUGCUAACCGAGCUAAGAACAUCGUUGACUGUGGGCUUGUUGACGAGGACGGUGGCGUUAAAGUCAUCAGAGAACUGCAGGAGGAGAUCAGUAGACUGAGAGGACUGAUGGAGAAUAACAACCAGGAAGAGACCGUAGCUCUGAGGAAUGAGGGUAUCCGUGUAGUGUUGGACUCAGAACCACCUCAUCUAAUCAGCAUCGACGAUGAUCUUCUCAGCACCGGUGUUAUUCUCUAUCAUUUAAAAGAAUGCAGGACGCUGGUGGGUCGACACGAGGCGCCGUCCAAUCAGGAUAUCGGUUCUGUCAUCCAGCUAGGGAGAGGAACGAUGUUCCAUUUCAACCAUCCUAAAGAGACUGUCCAGCUCGGAGAGCAACGCAAGAGUGCCCUUCUCUCCAGUCGGUCCAUGGUGCACCUCUCCGAGCCCACAGAGAACCUGUCCAAGAAAAUGCUUUUCCAUUCCGGGAUGGAUGUGCUAGCUGCAGUAGGACUGACUGGAGACACUAGACAACAGAGGAGCUCUGUGGUCUCGUCUCCACUAAAGACCUGUACGGUAAUGCAGGCUGAUGGGUGUACUGUGGAGCCUAACACGAGCCCAGGUGUCCUGUCAGGUCUCUCUUCUGACGGCUGCAGCAGGAGACUGUACAAGGCCGGAGCCUGUUACAGUGGCCCUGCAGAGACUUCAUUAGGUGCUGUUGUAUCCCACCUGCAGAGAGGAGACGAAGGAGGAAUAGACGGAGGAACAAAGGAAGGAACGCACCACGCACACUUCCCGCUGGCCAGCAGCAGCUCAACAUGCACACAGAUCUCUCGGUUUGACAAACACACUGCCUCUCUGUCCCAGACCGAACACACAGCCUCCCGGCUGGACAGGGACAGACACAGACGCAGCCAGGCGGUACGCGGCCUACCGCUAGCAGCAUUGGAGGCCCAGUUCAGUCGUUGCAUCAUGAAUUCAUCCAAGACCACGGUGGAGGGCUACGGAGACUAUUACAAGGAGGCUAGGAGGGAGGAGGUUGAGAAGGUUAGCAGGGUGUCUAGGGGUGAGGAGACCCAGGCUGAGGCUAGGAGGGAGGAGGAGGUUGAGCAGGUUAGCAGGGUGUCUAGGGGUGAGGAGACCCAGGCUGGGGCUAGGAGGGAGGAGGAGGUUGAGCAGGUUAGCAGGGUGUCUAGGGGUGAGGAGACCCAGGCUGGGGCUAGGAGGGAGGAGGAGGUUGAGCAGGUUAGCAGGGUGUCUAGGGGUGAGGAGACCCAGGCUGAGGCUAGGAGGGAGGAGGAGGUUGAGCAGGUUAGCAGGGUGUCUAGGGGUGCGGAGACCCAGGCUGGGGCUAGGAGGGAGGAGGAGGUUGAGCAGGUUAGCAGGGUGUCUAGGGGUGAGGAGACUCAGGCUGGGGCUAGGAGGGAGGAGGAGGUUGAGCAGGUUAGCAGGGUGUCUAGGGGUGAGGAGACCCAGGCUGGGGCUAGGAGGGAGGAGGAGGUUGAGCAGGUUAGCAGGGUGUUUAGGGGUGAGGAGGCCCAGGCUGGGGCUAGGAGGGAGGAGGAGGUUAGCAGGGUGUCUAGGGGUGAGGAGACCCAGGAUGAGAGCCAGUUCUCUGCUUCUGGGCUGGGUGCUCUGGUUAGCAGAGUAUCCCAGAUCUCUGGGCUUGGGGGGAAGCGUGAGCUAGACUCUCUGGGGGAAGAGGGCUCUAUCUCUGGGAUGGGUUCUGUGGUCAGCAGUGAGGUCUCUAUCUCUGGGAUGGGUUCUGUGGUCAGCAGUGAGGUCUCUAUCUCUGGGAUGGGUUCUGUGGUCAGCAGUGAGGUCUCUAUCUCUGGGAUUGGUUCUGUGGUCAGCAGUGAGGUCUCGGUGAGGUUCCCGGACACGUGGCGUCUCCUCCACAGCUCCCUCCCGAGAGUCCUGCAGCAGUUCUGGGACAGUACAGGAAUUCGGCUGCCUGGAGAUGGGGGAAUAGCUGGGAGUCUGCAACCUGGAGCUGUGGGAGGAGCCUGCUCCAGUUGGCCCAGUCAGGUUGUCUCAAUGGUGAGGGAGAGUCUGGUGCUGUCAGUGGUCAAAGACAGCCAGGUCUUCUCAUUGGUCAGAGAGAGUCACAUGUUCUCCUGUGUUAAAGACAGUCGGGUGUUCUCUAUAGUCAGUGAGCUGCCAUUGGUGCAACAGAUGAGCACUGAGCUAACUAAUUACUUCAGGAGCAUUCCCACUGAGCUAACUCAUGACUUCAGGAGCAUUCCCACUGAGCUAACUCAUGACUUCAGGAGCAUUCCCAUUGAGCUAACUCAUGACUUCAGGAGCAUUCCCAUUGAGCUAACUCAUGACUUCAGGAGCAUUCCCAUUGAGCUAACUCAUGACUUCAGGAGCAUUCCCAUUGAGCUAACUCAUGACUUCAGGAGCAUUCCCAUUGAGCUAACUCAUGACUUCAGGAGCAUUCCCAUUGAGCUAACUCGUGACUUCAGGAGCAUUCCCAUUGAGCUAACUCAUGACUUGAGCAUUCCCAUUGAGCUAACUCGUGACUUCAGGAGCAUUCCCAUUGAGCUAACUCAUGACUUCAGGAGCAUUCCCAUUGAGCUAACUCAUGACUUCAGGAGCAUUCCCAUUGAGCUAACUCAUGACUUCAGGAGCAUUCCCAUUGAGCUAACUCGUGACUUCAGGAGCAUUCCCAUUGAGCUAACUCGUGACUUCAGGAGCAUUCCCAUUGAGCUAAAUCAUGAUCUUCAGCAAGUGGAGUCAACUGGAAUACAGCAGAGAGCUGCACCAAAAAUGAACCUCUCCCUUCUUACAACCCAGAAUACUGUCUUCAGCCCAGCACCAAGCCUGUACCCAGCCCAGAAUGCCACUGAGUUCCCACAUAGAGAGAACACUGGUAAAGAAGUGGAUUGGAGAACAGGGGAACAGAAUCCCAUCCGAGAACUGGAGUGGACUCCGGAAGGCAGACAGGAGGCUCCAUCUACGUCAGAGGUACAGAUUACAACCAAGGAGGAGCUGUGGUCACCAGAGGACCAGAUCAAGAUGGCGGAGGACCCACAGUGUGUCACCGAUGGCAGCAAACCACAGUCCCCUCCAGAGCAGGGGGACAACGCCAGGUCUGCAGGUCCAGAGAAGAGCUCUGUUCCUGGGCAGGCGAAGCAGUGGACUGAGGGUGUCCAGGUAUAUUACCAGAGACUGGUGGAGUUCCCAGGGGCUCUGGUUCAACUCCAGUCCCUUCCCGUGUUCACCCUGCUGGGCUGUCUCCAGUCUGUUGUCCCCUCUGUCUUCACUUCGCAGAGACUCGUGGCUCUCUACUGGCUGGGCGUGGCCAACUGCAGCCAGCCCCGCCCACACCCUUCUGUCGUCCUCUUAUUUGAGUCCUGCCUUUACGCCCUGACCUUUGACCCUGACAUGUCUGAUCAGACCACGCCUCUGACAGUGUUCCACCACCUCCCCCUGCUGCAGAUCAAGGAGAUCCAGGUGGGUUUUGGCGGUCAGAGUCUUCGUCUCACAGCCUCCACUAAGGAGAGUGUCCUGACCCUCUACACCCACAGCCAGACCCUCACCCAGGCCCUCACCCAGAACCUGCUAGGUGUGUUGUCCCCUGGGGACCAGCGAGUGGCUCACCACCCCUUCCUGAAGGAGGAUCUGAUGGCGCUGUCUCUGGACUGGAAGGCCCAGGUACCUGACCUGCUGUUGGAUGCUGGGCUCAGGUUGUCUGGUCACUUCCACAAGACCCUAGCUGACCUGGUGUAUAUUCUACACGGCAACAUGGACAGAGAGAAGCCUUGUCUGGGAGAGGUCAGACUGCUGCUCUACACUACCGUUGGUGUGACAACGACCCCUGACCCCAGACCUGACCCCUGGGCCCAGCUCUUCCUCACAGAGACACACCUGGGAUUGGUGCAGGAGAAUGCAGUGUUCCACCCUGCUCCGCGCCACCUCCCCCUGCUGUCCCGACAAGCACAGUUCCAGGGGGUGUCCCUUCGGUGCCGCUCUGACAUCCGCUGUUUGAUGGUCGGAGAUUGGGCUGGGAGCUCCCCCGCUGUGGGGGGAGAUGGAGCUGGUGAUGAAGGCGGGGCAAUUAGACUGGACAUCAUCCUGUCUCGGAACCGGAGGACCAGGGGAGAGAGGUGGGACAGGCCUAGAGAACAGCCUGGAAGAAGUGCUGCUGCUGUGAGGACGGUAGGAAGGGUGGCUGAAGCUGCUAUCCUGUAUGCUGACUCUAAUUCAUGUCCUUCGCCGCAUCAGCAGGCUGAAGUGUGGAAAUUAAAUUUCAGCUGCUCGUCGGAGGCCGCCUGUCUGAUUAAUCACUUGUCAAACGUCUCAAUGGUCACUGGUCAAGGACUGGACAGACCGUAAUGGAACUAGAGCUUAGACAGCACCGGACUGGACAGAAGAACUGGUACCUAACCCUCAUUGAGAGGAAGUCGAGGUGGCAGUACAGUCCAUCUCAAAACAACAAAGAUGGAGAAUGUUUCUACUUUGGCACAACUAAAGGGCACUUUCCCCAAACACUGACUAAGAUGAGUCCAUGGACUUAUAAAGGCUUAAAAGACAAUCUCCUUGUACUUGAACUUUCAUCUAGGACUCGGGUGAAUCUGUGUCCAGGAAACAGGCCCAUAGAGUACAUGAAUAUAUAUGAAUGUGUUUUGUUGUUCAAUGUUUCCAUGCACUGAUUUCUAUGAAAUAUUCAUAUCCCAUUUUCCACAUCUUUCUGAAGUGCACUUUAUUUUUUGGUCUGCUGUUUUCCAUGUUGUGGUGGGUGUUUUUUCAUUCACUGUUCCUGUUUACACUGUCGAAGGACCCCAGGACACUUCAUUAGAGAGAAUAUAGGCCAUUCUUUUUAAGGAUAAACAUGCAAAGGGAACAAAUAAUUGCAGGGUAUGCCAUUUUUUAAGCAUAUUUGCACGUCUGACCACACAAAAGACAUGUGUUAUACCUCAAAUAUUUGUCAUGUUUGUGUUUUAUGGACAUAUGUAAACAUUUUUUUCUUUAAAUUACUUUAUGCCGAAUAAUAUUAUGCAAUCUAAUUAAUUAUAUUUGUGGAAUAUUUGAAUUACUUGGUAGUUUCAGACACUUGUGUGUUUAAAAAUAUGUGUGUUUAAAAUGGUCAUGUUUACGAUGCUGCAGGUGGAAAAGCAGGUGGAAAAGAUGUUUGUUUAGGUUUGUCAAGCAUUAAAAGUUAUACAACUUC